AUGGAUGAAAGACCGAGUCAAGAUACCGAAGUCACCAUGGCCCCGACGCCGAGCGGUCCUCCCUCCCCGGGAGAACCUCCUGCAAGCAAGCCUCGUCUUCAGCGACGGCAGUCUCGUUUUACUGAAGAUAUCAUGACAGACGGAACGCCAGCUGCUACCGCCUCGGAAACGACUCUUAAUCUCUGGUAUGGCCCGUCGAAGGAGAAUAUCAGCUCGAAUAACCGCAGCAUGACCGAUCUCUCAGCCAACGACAAGUCUAUAAUUUCGAAACUAAAGGGAAAUCAAAACUGGCUAAACCGACUUCGGCUAUUGCAUAGCGGCAUUCACAUGCUCCUGAUCUCGGUGGUCCUGGCAUUCUAUGGUUGCGCGAUCCACACCGCGCAGCUGAACGGGCGAAACUCGCUGGGUAGGGUUUCCAUCGUUGUGACUUGUGUCCUUGCUGUUGAGUUCCUUCUCGACGCUUCUGUGCUAGCUGUCCCGAAACAAUCGUGGACGAGGGGUGCACACAUCCGAUACAUGCUUCGCGUCAUCUGCUCCAUGGCCUAUUUUUGCAUAUUUCUCGUUUACGAGUCUCUGGGCCAUGUGUUGCCGGAUGGAGACACAUAUUGGGGUAUGUCUCCUCGUGAAGCCAAGAUCUUCGUUUACACCUUUGUAUGGGUAGAAUUUUAUUGGAGCCUAUUGCACACCAUCAUGGGGACUUUGCUACGAAGAAGACAGAAUGUCAGGAUUAUGGUUUUUACGCCUGAAGGCCAUGAGUACAUCCGGGAGCCUUCCCGCUGCCCUGUUAUCCGCACUUGGCAGCGGCUCGUCUACUGGGGAAGGGGCAAAAGCUCCGAAUUCAAGCUUGCUUGCCAGCAGUAUGCACGAGAGCAAAGUCGGCCAAGCCUCCAGCAUCAGCCGUCUUCUCUACCGCAAAAACAGCAGUCGCAAGAACACGUGCAGCAUCAAGAUCAGCCACGCCGGUCACAAAUAAGGAACACAAUCUCCCGUUAUGAUCACCCAUCAGAUCUUACGCUGUGGGAGGAACCUGAGGAAGAUACUGGUUCGCGGCGCGGGACAGCAAAGGAUGAUAGCGAGAAGAUCGCCCAGGCGAGCCGCUUCGAGGCUGUGGAUGAGGAAAGCAUUAAAGAGGAAGCCACUGAGAAGUGGAAAGAGGCUGCAGACGGCAUCGACAACGUUAACCGGUUAGGUCCAGCUCUGCGGCCUGCUGAUAUCAGGCAGUGA